AUGACAACACUGGGUAUAGUUCGUGAAGUUGAUAUUAACACCGCUUCUGAUGACUUAAAUCCUAUAUAUUAUUAUCGCAAAGUAGCCCAUAAAAAAAAAUUAACUCUUUCAAGCUGGGCGGUACUAAGUAACUAUUCAUACAAAUACAAAGGAAAUUCAUCGGCAAAUAUUUAUUCCUUUCAAGUAUCUGUGAACAAUUACAAUCCAAUCAAUAUCGAGACAUAUAGCUCACGAAAAACAGGUGAGGUGCCUAAUGCAAAAUAUGAAGAAGACGUUAUGUUCAUGAUUUGUAUGACUGUUCAUUGGAAAGAUAAUCCCGAACUAUUAAAACAAAUCUGUCUUAUUGAUGUUGAAACUGCGUCAGACUCACGCUUGAUCACAGUUGUAUGUGAGAACCAAACCAAUUUACUGAAAGCAUUUGCAUUAUGUUGGAAAUGUUUAGUUCUGGAUAUACAUAUAGGUUUUAAUGAUUCACAAUAUGACUGGCCAUUUAUUGUGGAGAAGGCAAAAAAGUUAGGAGUUCUCGAAUGGAUGUUCAAUCAUAUGUCACUAAAACCUAUGAGCCUCGAAAAGAUUACAAAAUGGCAAUAUCAAUAUAACAUGAUAAAUAGUCUCGCAUAUUACUUAAAGGAGUGUAAUCUUGACAACAAAGUAGAUUUACCUAUUCAUUGCAUGAACAAAUAUUAUGAAAGGGCAUUAAAAGAAACUAAUGCCACAAUGGCUAAGCAGAUGCGUAAAAUAGCUGAGUAUUGUAUCAUUAAUGCUCUUAGAAUGAAAGUAAGCAAUCUUUUAAGUGCUAGUGCAUUGCGGGAAGGAAUUUUAACCAGUACAAUUUCAGAGCGAAUGGAGACAGAAUCAUUCCCGAGUGCCUACGUCUUCCCACCAAUAAAGGGGCUCGAAAAUAAACGUUCUGUAACUGGCUUAGACUUUGCAUCAUUAUAUUUGAGUCUUAUUAUGACUUACAACCUCUCACCUAUAAAAUUAUUUUAUCUCGAAAACAUGCUGAAACAUAAUAAUAUUCCUGAAGAAAAAGGUCUCUAUGUCAAAAUAUUAGAAUAUUUAUCUAGCAAACAGAAUGAGAUAAAGAAACAUCUUGUCCCUUUAAAAGAAAGAAAGGAAGACAUGGAACUGGUAAUAGGUUUAAUGGGUAAAGAAUACGAUUCAGUUUGUUUUGAUUAUUCUUGCUUUGAUGCAAAACAAAAUGCUCUUAAGGUAUACAUGAACACAUUUUAUAAUACAGCUGGAGAUAGCAAGUCUAUUUUCUUCUUACGUGAACUUGCUAAGGAUGUCAUAUCAGCUGAACAGAGAAAUAUCAAACUUGUUGCAGAUUUCGAAUAUGAUGAAGCAUAUGACAAUGGUAAUGGGAUCUCGAAAGAAAAAUAUUGGUCUAGAAUAGUACAAAUCUCUAUGAAAGAAAUUGGAAUACUCUGUGACGAAGUUAAUACUUUUCUCAGAGAAGAUAAUGGUUCGUCUUAUCUUAAAAUAGCAUAUAAGGAAGUUUUAUUUCCGGUAGUUUUUACUGGAAAGAAAAAAUACUAUAGUAUUAGACAUGAAAGCAAGCCAAACUUUAAUAAAGAGCUUUUCAUCCGAGGAGUUGAGAUUGUGGAUAAUUCAUGUACCUUACAUCAAAUCAUAAAGAAUAUUCUUAGGAAAACUGUAAAGGAUAUUUCUCAGACAAAUCUUAAUGAAAUAAUUAAAACUGCUGUGUGGAGGUCUGAUAAAGAUAACAAGAGUGACCUAAUACCCAAGCCUUAUCUUUAUCAAAUUCCAGAACCAGGUGAGCGCUUUAAAUAUGUUGUAGUUGAGAAUAAUUCAUUGGAAAGAGUGGGGGACAAAAUGGAGUACCCAGAAGUAGCAAGACAACUUG